UUCAUCCGUUCUUGUCGUUCCCCACUGCCCCCAAACCCACGACUCAAACGAACCAGUGCUAUUUGAAUCCCCACGGCAAAAGCCGGUGGUGCGCUGGUGCCGGUGCUCUCCUGCUCCGCUCCGCUGCCCCUCUUCUCUCUAGCUCGCCGCGAGGAAGACGGCGGCCAUGGACGGGCUCGCCGCGCCGCCUCCGCCGCCGCCGUCGCGGCGGCACCGGGAGCGGCGGCACCGGCGGAAGGCUUCGGACGCGGCGACGGCGGCCCUGGCGGCGUCCUUCGGCGACGUGUUCGGCGGUCCGCCGCGGUUCGCUCAGCCGUUCGCAGCGGCGCCGGCGGACUACGCGGAGGUGUUCGGCGGCGUGGCGGCGUCGUGCUCCAUCCCAUACCUCGACCUGCCCCCGGCCUCCGGCGAUGGAGACGGCGCCGGCGCGGGCGGGUACGGCGAGAUCUUUGGGCGGUCCGACUUCGGGGACUUCGCUGCGCCGUACGACGAGAUGCUCGCGGGGCCGGAGGGGAUGGCGGAGGAGAUCGCGGCAUCGCCGAGCGGAAGCUCGAGAUCAUCAAUCAGAAAAGUUUCCGGCCAAUUGGACACUGAUCCAUCUUUACUCUAUCAACAUUAUCCAGAUGCUGGUUGUGAACACUUUGAUGAGGAACAGUUUUACCCAGUCUCCUUUCCUCCAGAUGGUGAACAAAAGUUCAGCAUGUCAUAUAACAAGAGCACCAGGGGAAGGCCAGAUGAUCUUGUUGAAAUGACUACUUGCGUAGUGGAACCUUCUAUCAGUUAUGUGGUUGACUCUUGUAAUUUGUCAAAUGAUUCGGAAGCGAGUCAUGUUCCAGUGAUAGACAGUGGUACACAUGGUAAUGGUGUAAAAGGGAAGGUGAGCCCACCACACACUGCAAGUUCCAGCAUGAAGAGUGCUAAUAGUGCUUCAGUAGUUGAUCAGCAGGAGCAUAUCCCUACAGGCCUUCCCAUCUCUGAAAAUAUUUGUGAGGAUGAAAACUAUAGCAACAGGCCUAGCACUCAUUCAGUGUCAAGUGAGGAAGCACCUUCCCCCGAUUAUCCAUUCUUAAGGGUAUCCAACAUCAGCCUUCCGGCAGCACCCAUCAAAGUACAACCAUCACCAAUGCCACCGUCUAAAUUGCUUAACAAAAAGGUAAGUAAAGAAAAUGGAGAUGCUGAUGUCAAUCCUAACUCAGCUGCUGCUGCUGCUAUGAAGGAAGCAAUGGAAUUUGCUGAAGCCAGAUUAAAAGCUGCAAAAGAAUUGAUGGAGAGAAAAGGUGACAGUUUUAAACUCCGGAAGAGGCCAGCUCACCAUAGAAGCACAAAAUCAACAGAAAUUAAGGAAAGUAAGGCUCCUGAAGAGGUGCAUCUACUUGAAGAAAAGCUGAACAUAAGAAGAUUGGCCAAAGAGGAAAAUCAAAAGAAGGAUGUAGCUUUGCUUGAUAAGAACAAGGACGGUAGUGCAGUUAACUUUGAUCAUGACAAAAAAGGGAUUCUACCACCAGGGAAGCCUCAGGAGAUGACGCAAAAUGGCAGUAAAUUAGAACAAUUAGGCAAGUGGACAUCAGAUGCUGAAUUUUACGAACUGAUUAGCCAUGAUCAGAGGUGCAGACCUAAUGCAGCUCCAUGCGAAGGAAAUGAUGGUCAGAUGACAAACUCCUUCACCAAGCUUGACCAGUCUGAGAAAGAAAAGGCAGGGGGUUUUACAGGUGAGCUGAAAAGGUUUAGGAAAUUGUGGGACAGUAACGACACAACAGGGCUGAGAAUGGAAUAUGUAAAUCAGGUAAAAAAUGAUAUAACUUCUAUGGAGGCUGAACAAAAUGCUCCUAGGUCUCCAGAAGUUCCUAUUUGUGAGGAAAGGGUGACGUACCGAAAGCCAACUGAAUCCCAUUUGAAACAAUGUCCAGGGGUGGUAAAUUCUUUAGAAGCUCAUGUUGAUGAUGGGCGAUUUGAGAUUUCAUUUAUGGAUAGUAUACCUGCAAAGUUGCAUGCUGACCCAGAAAUGUCCAGUUCCUUUUUGGAGGCUUGUUCAUCUCGAGGCCAUGCUAAUGGUAACAAAAGCCAUUCUGAUGGUAGUGCUGAGGAAACUCCGCUGGUAGGAAACUCUAGCCAAGACAACAACAAUAAGGAGGGACUUGAGCUUCCAUCAUUCACUGAUGAGAUACCACGCGCCUCAGCAAGGAGUCAAAUUUUACAGGAGCAUCAUAAUAUUCCUAAUAUUGAUGAAAUCGAGGAAAUUCAAGUGAAAAUAUCAAAACCAGAAGAGUCUGCAGAAUCUCCUGAAACUUUUGAGAAAGAAAAGCUAUUCAGUUUUGUUGAUGAAGCAUGCCUACAGAACGAAAAUGAAAGAGCAAAUGAAGUAACUUCAGAAGCACUCUUCCAUGAAGAAACGAUGAAAUUUGGGAUUGAGAAGAAAGCAGAUGCACAUGAAGAUUUUCAAGAGGGAGAUGUAGUUCAGGUUGCUGGAUCUCCAAAAAAGGAAGGUUAUGUUACUUCGGGAAGUGCUAAUACUAAUGAAAAUGAAAAUGAAGAAGCAGAAGUGCUUAAUGUAUUUGUGGGAGACGGCAAAUUGAUGGAACCCAAUGUGAGAACGUGUGAUACUUUUGACAAAGACCCAUAUCAGCUCCAAGAAUCACAAGGGUCACUGGGACCCCAAGAUUUGGAGAACAGAAUGGACGGAGUUGAGGAAAUCAUAUCUCAUGGUGAGGCAAAAGAGGCAAAAGAAUCCUUGUUAGAGAAUGUUGAGAAGACACUGGUUGAAGAAGAAUUAAACCAUGAAAGUAAGGAGAUCCAUAAAUCCAUGGAAACUGGCAUCAACAAAAGACGAAACGGUGUAUAUGGAGAAGAUAACAUAAGGAAUGACAGAGAUGGUAACCCAUUUCAUUUUGUUAGUGAAUUUGUCACGGAUGGUUUCAGUGAUUAUGCCAUGAAGAUGAGCAAAUGGUCAAAUAAUCUGCGGGCUUCGUUUUCAGAAGCAUGCACUAGCACGCAGCGCUUGCCUCAAAAUCUUGAAAGCACUCCUGUUCUUGAAAGGACUCCUGAUCUUGAAAAUCUUAAAGUGGAUUGUAGAGAAAAUCUCAAAAGCACUCCUGUUCUCGAAAGUACUCCUGUUCUUGAAAAUCUUGAAGUGGAUUGUAGAGAAGCAGAUAAAGAAAUUACAACCACAAAAAUUACAGCAUUAGAAGGUCAAAAUGCUGGAAGUAGAAUGGAAGAAAGAGAUAGCGAUGACAGUAUAUCGAACAUUAGGUUCAAGGAUCAGCAAUCUUUUUACUUGGACAAUGACAUUAUACCUAAGGUUGCAGAAGAUACCACACCAGAAAUUGUUCAGAAAUCAAGAGAAGAAAACCUUGAUGUUCAGAGAACUAAAGGGAAAAAUGACGUAAAAGAGUCCGAAGGAGAAUUUGUGAAGGGGAAGGAGGUCCUCAUAAGACUUAGUGAAGAGAAGGAAAAUGAAUGCAAAAUCGAAAAAGAAGAACAGAAUAAAGAGAGACGAAGAAGAGAGUUAGAGGAAGAGAAAGAACGGGAAAUGGAGCGAGCAAAAGAUAGACUUGCUGUUCAGAGAGCUACGAGAGAAGCACAUGAGAAGGCAUUUGCUGAGGUUCGUGUGAAGGCUGAAAGAAUAGCAUUAGAAAGGAUUACCUCCACACGACAACGAGCAUCUGCAGAAGCUCACGAGAAAGAAGAUAAUACAACCGCUCAAGCAGCUGUUGAGAAGGUUGCCAGAGAAGCUAGAAUGAAAGCAGAACGUGCAGCAGUUGAGAGAGCAACUGCUGAAGCUCGGGAGAGGGCGAUUGAAAAGGCAAAGGCUGCUGCAGAUGCAAAGGAACGAAUGGAGAGGUUCAGGUCCUCUUUCAAGGAUAGUUUUAAGGCUACUAAUCAGGAUAAUCAACAGGAAGCACAAUUUCAGAAAACAGCUUCUAGUAACCACGGAAAAAACACUGAUUCUUGUAAUGAAGUAGUUGAGGUUGAAUCAGCUCUACGACAUAAAGCAAAACUGGAGAGGCACCAACGCACAGCUGAGCGAGCGGCAAAAGCCCUUGCUGAAAAGAACAUGCGGGACAUGCUGGUUCAGAGGGAGCAGGCAGAGAAACAUAGAUUGGCUGAAUUCCUUGAUCCUGAAGUAAAGAGAUGGUCAAAUGGAAAAGAAGGAAAUCUGCGAGCAUUGCUGUCCACAUUGCAAUAUAUACUUGGUUCAGACAGUGGCUGGCAGUCCAUUCCCCUCACAGAUCUUAUUACAGCUGCGGGGGUCAAGAAAGCAUACAGGAGGGCAACCCUUUGUGUCCAUCCAGAUAAAGUACAACAAAGAGGUGCUACAAUCAGACAGAAAUACAUUUGUGAGAAGGUGUUUGAUCUUCUUAAGGAAGCUUGGAACAAGUUCAAUUCUGAAGAGCGAUAGCGGGAAGCUAGGUUGUUGUUUCAGUAUUCAUAUAGCCAUAUUAAUUUUUUCAUACGCCGAUGUAAAUAUGCUGCUCUAGAGAACAUCUUCUGGACAUUUUUUAUCGAUAUCAAUUCAACAGUAGAGCAUCCGUGUUCUUUA